GUUUAGCUGCAGAGUACUCUCCCUGUAAUCAUCCCCAGGUACACGGCGCACAGGAAAUUCCGUGGGCAUCACUACCGGCGUGUUGUGAUCGGAACAUCUCACGAUCGUUGACUUCCCGUCGUUGAACCAGCCAAUCACGUUCACUAUUAUUUCGAAUCCACAAGCUAAGCAAAGGCUGGAUCCUCACCCCUCCUAUCAGCUCCGCGCAGGCGUAGUCUAUGUCUCUCUGCUUUUUCCUGAAGGAUUCUUCAGUGAAUCCCUUCUUCUCCGGUUGCUCUCCUUUAAAGAACAAAUUUUUAAAUACAACUUUUUUUCCUUUCAAUGUUAAUGGUAUCUGCUGGUUUCGCUUGCUGUAUUAUGAAGCAUUGGCUUUUGACCAUAUUUCUGGAUGCUUGUAAGGGGAUCUUAUGUGCGAUUAAUUACUGUGAUAUUUUUGUUUUGUUUCUCACUUUGCUCAUAGUUUUACCUUAUUACGGAUUCUUGUUGUUCAUCCCUUUUUAAUGUCUUCUUCUUCAGGAGUAAUUAGGCCUUCAGGGCUAAAUAUUAUAGUUUUUCUGUUGAUGUUUUUCUUUAAGUUGAAUUUAUUACGGAGUACCAUUUGUGCAUAAAUUGAAAUUCGGUUUACCAUUUUCUCAACUCCUUCCCAAAAUAUUCUUCUUGCUUACCAUUUUGAAAUGUCUCAAAAAAAAAAUCACAUUUCCCUUUUUUUUUUUAAUUUUGUGUGGCUAACAUUCACUUACCAUCUCCCCAUAUAAAGCCGGUGUAAAGUUUCCAAAUAUGCCAACAUAUAAUCCCAUGAAGUUUAUGUUUAAAAAGAUCAACCAUCAUCUUAGAUCCCGCUUCAAUCCACCAAGAAAUGAUUUUUUUAACUGAGCAGUAGUAAUUAGGAAUCAAGAGUACAAUGAUAAAACAAAUGAUUCAUUGUAUCCGAGUGACAUUUUAAUAAAGGGCGUGUAGAUGGUUGAAGCACCAUACUAAUUUGCUGAGCUUAUUUGUGAUAGCGAGAUAGCCUUUAAGAAUUUUCCAUUGAAACAAUUUUAUCUGCAAAUGUUGCUUCUUAUUCCAAGCAUGUUGGAAUGAAAAAGUAGGGCUAUCAAGAUCUUUUAUCUCAUUAUAAGCAGAAGCUAAUGUAAUCUGACCAUCUUUUUCAGGUUUUCAAAUAUGAUCAGGGCAUGUAGAAUAUAAAGCAGUGGCUGUGUCAUGAAGACUACAAAUUCUUUUCCAAACUGGGGAAUUAGUGAUCCUGGGAGUCAUAUUACUGCCCCUAGGAUAUCUAGCAUGAACAAAGGAAGUCCACAAAGAGUGGAUUUCGAGAUUGAUGGUGAUUUGAAUGGUGAGGUGCUGGUGGGAAGCUCUGCUAUAGAUGUUGAAAAUUCAAUUGUAGCAUUUCAGGAGCAACCUGAUGCUAAAAGCAACAAUGACCUUCCUGGAAGGGAUGUAAUAGUUUCAAUAGAAGAAGAAAAUGAAGAAGGACAAGAGGCAGAUACUACUGUGAGUAAUAAUUCAGUUGCAGAUGAGCCUUAUGUGGGUCAAGAGUUUGAAUCGGAAGCAGCUGCACAUGCUUUUUACAAUGCGUACGCAACUAGAGUGGGUUUCAUUAUUCGUGUCAGCAAGCUCUCUCGGUCUAGAAAAGAUGGUUCUGCCAUUGGUCGAGCACUUGUUUGCAACAAAGAGGGCUUCAGGAUGGCGGAUAGGCGGGAAAAGGUUGUGAGGCAAAGAGCAGAAACAAGGGUUGGGUGCAGGGCUAUGAUUUUAGUUAGAAAAGAUAUCUCUGGCAAAUGGCUUGUGACCAAAUUUGUGAAGGAACACACUCAUUCUUUAGCUCCUGGCAAAGGUCGUAGAGAGUCAAUCUAUGACCAAUUUCCGAAUGAACAUGAUAAAAUCAGGGAACUUUCUCAACAACUGGCAGCCGAAAAGAAGCGGUCAGCAACUUACAAAAGACACCUAGAAAUGUUAUUUGAGCAUAUUGAGGAGCACAACCAAUCUCUAUCAAAGAGAAUUCAAGAUAUCGUGGCCAAUGUAAGGGAGGUGGAGAGUAGAGACCAGCAGGAUCAUAGAUAGCUAGGCAUUAUCCUGCCAACACUUGUUUGGUUGUCCGAAUAGGGAAAGAAGUGAUCUCAAGAAUGCCCUUCAGGUGAAGCAAACAUCACAACUUUAGUGUCUUUUUGGUAUAAACUGUUUUUUAUAUAUUUAUUCGGUAUAUGAUUUAGAAAGAGAAUCAAAUGCUAAGCUCCUGUAAUGUCCCAUUCUGUUUCAUCAUGUAUGUAAAAGAAAUCCGUGUAGUGUAGCAAUCAAAUUUCAUAGAAACAGGCUACCGAUAUUUAAUGAAAUUUGGAUCUCAGAUGAGAAUGAAAUCUUUAAUCUCU